AUGGCGGCCGCCGCCGCUCUGGGGGCAGCGGCGUCAACGGGCGCGCUGUGGGGCCUCGUGCAAGACUUCGUCACGGGUCAGCAGGAGGGUCCCGCUGACCAGGUCGCAGCAGAUGUGAAAUCUGGCAGCUACACGGUGCUGCACGUGGUGGAAGCCCUUGGGUCCUCUCUAGAAAAUCCAGAACCGCGAACUCGGGCCCGAGGAAUCCAGCUGCUGUCGCAGGUGCUACUGCACUGUCACUCCUUGCUCCUGGAAAAGGAAGUGGUGCACCUGGUCAUGUUCUACGAGAACCGGCUAAAGGACCACCAUCUCGUGGUCCCGCCCGUCCUGCAGGGCCUGAGGGCACUGAGCCUGUGUGUGGCCCUGCCUCCAGGGCUGGCCGUCUCUGUGCUUAAAGCCAUCUUCCAGGAGGUGCACGUACAGUCCCUGCCACAGGUGGACCGACAUACCAUCUACAGUAUCAUCACCAACUUCAUGCAGACCCGGGAGGAAGAGCUGAAGGGUCUAGGAGCUGACUUCACCUUCGGCUUCAUCCAGGUGAUGGAUGGGGAAAAGGACCCCCGUAAUCUUCUGGUGGCUUUCUCCAUCGCCCAUGACCUCAUCUCCAAAGACUAUAGCCUUGGGCCCUUCGUGGAGGAGUUGUUCGAAGUGACAUCCUGUUAUUUUCCUAUUGAUUUUACGCCUCCCCCUAACGAUCCCCAUGGCAUCCAGAGGGAAGAUCUGAUCCUGAGUCUUCGGGCUGUGCUGGCUUCAACACCCCGGUUUGCGGAGUUCCUGCUGCCCCUUCUGAUCGAGAAAGUGGACUCCGAGAUGCUGAGUGCCAAGCUUGAUUCUCUGCAGACACUAAGUGCUUGCUGUGCUGUGUGUGGACAGGAGGAGCUGAAGGACUUCCUCCCCAGCCUGUGGGCUUCUAUUCGCAGGGAGGUGUUCCAGACGGCCAGUGAGCGGGUGGAGACAGAGGGCCUGGCAGCCCUCCACUCCCUGACUGCGUGUCUGUCUCGCUCUGUGCUGAGGGCUGAUGCUGAGGACCUCCUGGACUCCUUCCUCAGCAGCAUCCUACAGGACUGCAGGCACCAUCUCUGUGAACCGGACAUGAAGCUGGUGUGGCCUAGCGCCAAGCUGUUGCAGGCAGCCGCUGGGGCGUCCGCCCGGGCCUGCGACCACAUCACCAGCAACGUCCUGCCUUUGCUACUGGAGCAGUUCCACAGGCACAGUCAGAGCAACCAGCGGCGGACAAUCCUUGAAAUGAUGCUGGGGUUUUUGAAGCUGCAGCAGAAAUGGGGCUCUGAGGACAAAGAUGAAAGGCCUCUGAGUGGCUUCAAGGAUCAGCUGUGCUCACUGGUGUUCAUGACCCUGACAGACCCCAGCACCCAGCUUCAGCUUGUUGGCAUCCGUACACUCACAGUCCUGGGUGCCCAGCCAGAUCUCCUGUCUUCUGAGGACUUGGAGCUGGCAGUGGGCCACCUGUACAGGCUGAGUUUCCUGGAGGAGGAGUCCCAGAGUUGCAGGAUGGCAGCCAUGGAAGCAUCAGGAAGCCUAGCCACUCUCUACCCUGUGGCCUUCAGCCGCCACCUAGUGCCCAAGCUUGCCAAGGAGCUGAGUGAUGAGGAGUCAGAUUUGGCUGGAGGUGAAGAGCCCUCCAAAUGCCCACGGCAUCUGCUCUGUCUGCAAGCUCUGUCUGCUGUAUCGACACAUCCCAGCCUGGUUGAGGAGACCCUCCCACUGUUGCUCCAGCAUCUCUGCCAGAUGAACAAAGGCAUCCGGGCUGCGGGAUCCAGUGAAGUUAUUGCUGUCUGUCAAAGCCUACAGCAAGUGGCCGAAAAAUGCCAGCAGGACCCCAAGAGCUGCUGGUAUUUCCAUCAGACGGCUGUUCCUUGCCUGCUUGCCCUGGCGGUGCAGGCAUCCAUGCCAGAGGAGGAGCCGUCGGUGCUCAGGAAAGUGCUGUUGGAGGAGGAGGUCCUAGCUGCCAUGGUGUCUGUCAUUGGCACAGCCACCACCCACCUGAGCCCUGACCUAGCUUCCCAGAGUGCAGCCCGCAUCAUGCCCCUCUUCCUGGAUGGCGACACCUCCUUCCUGCCAGAAAACAGCUUCCCUUGCAGAUUCCAGCCGUUCCAGGACGGCCCCUCAGGGCAGAGGCGGCUGGUGGCCCUGCUCAUGGCGUUUGUCUGCUCCCUGCCGAGAAAUGUGGAAGUCCCUCAGCUGAACCAACUCAUGCAGGAGCUUCUCCAGCUGAGCUGCAGCCACAGUUGCCCCUUCUCCUCCACUGCUGCCGCCAAGUGCUUUGCAGGCCUCCUCAACAAGCACCCCGCAGGGCAGCAGUUAGAUGAAUUCCUUCAGCUGGCUCUGGACAAAGUGGAGGCUGGCCUGGGCUCUGGACCUUGUCGUAUACCGGCAUUCACAUUGCUCCUCUGGGUAACAAAGGCCCUGGUGCUCAGGUACCAUCCUCUCAGCUCCCGCCUCACAGACCGACUGAUGGGGCUCCUGAGUGACCCAGAACUCGGUCCAACAGCAGCUGAUGGCUUCUCUCUGCUCAUGUCCGACUGCUCCGACGUGCUGACUCGCGCGGGCCAUGCUGAGGUGCGGAUCAUGUUCCGUCAGCGGUUCUUCACGGAUAACAUGCCUGCCUUGGUUCAGGGCUUCCAUGCUGCUGCCCAAGAUGUGAAGCCCAAUUACCUGAAGGGUCUGUCUUAUGUCCUUAACAGACUGCCCAAGCCUGUGCUCCUGCCAGAGCUGCCCACGCUCCUGUCCUUGCUGCUGGAGGCCCUUUCCUGCCCAGACUGUGUGGUACAGCUCUCCACCCUCAGCUGCCUCCAGCCUCUUCUCCUGGAAGCACCCCAAGUCAUGAGUCUCCACGUGGACACCCUCGUCACCAAGUUCCUGAACCUCAGCUCCAGCCCGUCCAUGGUGGUCCGGAUGGCUGCCCUGCAGUGCAUGCAUGCGCUCACGCGCCUUCCCGUCCCUGUGCUGCUGCCAUACAAACCACAGGUGGUCCGGGCCUUAGCCAAGCCCCUGGAUGACAAGAAGAGACUGGUGCGCAAAGAAGCCGUGUCAGCCAGGGGAGAGUGGUUUCUGCUGGGGAGCCCCGGCAGCUGAGCCCUCGGUUGGCUGACUGUUCGCACCGACAAUCGAGCCCAGAGUUACUCACCACCGAGCCAUCCUACUCGAGUCUGGGGGCCCACAGACCUCUGGACACCUCUCCUGCUCACCCAGCACCAGUGCUGGGCCUCUGCUGCAGGGCUGCUCCAGAGGCUGCUGACUUGUGACAGCUGGUGAAGCACUGGACCAAGAGAGGACUUGUACUAGAGGAGGAUUUGGGAUGGGGUCUUCCAGUGAUAGGGCAGGAAGAGGAAGAGGAUGGUGGCCCUGAGGCCAACGAGAGUGGAUGUGUGCGUGUACCUGCUGGAGAAUAAAGAGCGCUUUUGGUAA